AUCGAAAAAGGAAAGAAAUCAAAAUGUUUGUACGUGAUAUUAGACGCUGCGGCAGAGUUGGGUUUGGCGCAUUUCCCAUUCGGAGACACUACCACAGCCAUUUCCUAGGACUCACGACGACUACGCUGGUUUCUAUACCACCACCGCCGCCGCCGCCUUCACUCUCACUCACUUCGUCGAGAAGGUUUCCACUCGUGCUGUUAUCUCCCCUAUCAUCAUCGACGGCAGCAAUGACGACAAUGACUUCUUCUUCUUCUUCUUCUUCAUCGAACAAGGAUCCGCCUAUUGCGAAGAAGGAGAAGUACGAAAUGGAGAUGUUCGGAGACUUGAGGGUCGACAACUACUACUGGCUUCGUGACGAUUCUCGUUCUAAUGCUCAGAUGCUCUCUUACCUCCAAGACGAGAAUGCCUACACCGAAUUCGUCAUGUCUGGAACCAAACACUUCGAAGAUCAGAUAUAUGCUGAGAUUAGAGGACGUAUCAAGGAGGAGGAUAUUUCUGCACCUGUACGGAGAGGGCCUUACUACUACUACGAAAGGACCUUGGAAGGAAAAGAGUAUGUUCAGCACUGUCGCCGUUUAAUAUCUAACAACGAGGCUCCACCCUCUGUUUUUGAUGUGAUGCCGACUGGACCAGAUGCUCCUCCUGAGCAUGUUAUACUCGAUGAGAACUUAAAGGCUUCAGAGCAUGCAUAUUAUAGCAUUGGUGCUUUCAAAGUUAGUCCAAAUAACAAGUUAGUAGCAUAUGCAGAAGACACUAAAGGAGAUGAAAUCUACAGCGCUUAUGUCAUUGAUGCUGAGACCAAAACACCUUUGGAGAAGCCUCUAGCUGGUGUAACAUCAAAUCUUGAAUGGGCGGGUGAUGGUGCUUUGCUCUAUAUCACAAUGGAUGCAACCCUUCGGCCAGACAAGGUAUGGUUACAUUAUUUGGGAACAGAAAAAUCAAACGACUUGUGCCUUUAUCAUGAAAAGGAUGACAUGUUCUCUAUUGAACUUGAGGCUUCUGAGAGCAAGGAAUUUUUGUUUGUUGCAUCUGAAAGUAAAGUUACUAGGUUUGUCUUCUUUUUUGACAUUUCAAAGCCUGCAAAAGGGCUUAUGCCUUUGACACCUCGUCUAAAUGGUAUUGACACAUCAGUUAGCCACCGGGGAAAUCAUUUUUUCAUUAUCCGAAGAAGUGAUGAAUGUUUCAAUUCCGAAUUACUAGCCUGCCCACUGGACAAUAUCUCUGCAACCACAGUUCUUCUCCCUCAUCGAGAGAGUGUAAAGAUUCAGAACGUUCAACUUUUUACUGAUCAUCUUGUUGUGUACGAGCGUGAAAUGGGUCUUCCAAGAAUAACUGUUUUUGACCUUCCACCUGCUGGAGAACCACUUGAAAGGUUUCAAGGUGGUCGGCAUGUUGAUUUUAUUGAUCCUGUAUAUUCAGUGGAUCCUUCAGAAUCCCAAUUUUCUUCCAGCAUUUUACGAUUUUCAUAUGGCUCAUUGAGGACACCGUGGUCUGUUUAUGACUAUGAUAUGAACAGUGGGAUUUCAGUCCUGAAGAAGAUUGAAACAGUGUUGGGAGGUUUUGAUGCCUUGAACUAUGUAACUGAAAGACAAUGGGCCACUGCUCCAGAUGGUACUCAAAUCCCUAUAUCAGUUGUUUAUCAAAAAAAUCUCGUGAAGCUUGAUGGGUCUGAUCCAUUACUACUUUAUGGUUAUGGUUCCUAUGAGUAUUGUCUGGAUCCCAGUUUCAAGGGAUCAAGAUUGUCUUUGUUGGACCGGGGUUUUAUUUAUGCAAUUGCCCACAUUCGAGGGGGUGGUGAAAUGGGGAGGCAGUGGUAUGAAAAUGGAAAAUUGUCAAAGAAGAAUAAUACUUUCACAGAUUUUAUAGCAUGUGCAGAAUAUCUGAUAGAGAAGAAAUACUGUACAAAAGAAAAACUCUGCAUCGAAGGAAGGAGUGCAGGGGGGUUGCUUAUUGGAGCUGUUCUUAAUAUGCGGCCAGAUUUAUUCAAAGCUGCUGUAGCUGGAGUACCAUUUGUAGAUGUUCUGACAACAAUGCUUGAUCCAACUAUUCCCCUUACGACAUCGGAGUGGGAGGAAUGGGGCGAUCCUCGCAAAGAAGAGCUCUACUUCUACAUGAAGUCCUAUUCCCCUGUUGACAAUGUUAAGCCACAAAAAUAUCCUGCCAUUCUUGUGACAGCUGGUUUACAUGAUCCCCGUGUUAUGUAUUCAGAACCUGCUAAGUUUGUGGCAAAGUUGAGAGCUAUGAAGACUGAUGACAAUUUACUGUUGUUCAAAUGUGAACAAGGUGCAGGACACUUUUCAAAGUCAGGAAGGUUUGAGAAGCUCCAAGAAGAUGCCUUCGUCUUUGCUUUUAUAAUGAAAGCCUUAGACAUGGUUCCUACCCUUAAUUCAGGGGAGAAGUGACUCAAAUGGUUUUAGAGAAUUUAAUGGGGAAGGAGGGCGGGAGUGGACGACGGACUUCUGUUGAGCAAAUCUGCUGCUUUUGUACUCUUUAUCCUCUUACCGACAUUUUAGGUGUUGCUUGUUGAAGUUGAAUAGUGGGCAGUGUAUCAUUCUUGCUGCUCAGAAUUGGUAAAACAUGGCAAGUUACCAGAAGUGAUUCUCAAUUUAUUGGACAUCACAUUUUCUUUU